AUGGCUUCUACAACAGAUACGGAAGACAAGGAUGAUAUCGUUGAAGAACCUCCUGAUUAUUACCAAUGGGUAAUUAGGGCCUUUUUGUUUAUGGCCUCGGUUCGUAGCCGACGAAACCUAAAGCAAUCUGAGCGAACAGAAGAAGUAUUUGAUCAUUAUUGCUUCUUAUUAAGGAAUGCCUUAUUGCGGUGCUCUUCAGAACAACAGAAUGUGCCUUUCAUUUCCAGCACAGUGUCAAAUCUUUCGGGGGAAGUUGCUCGGCUACGAAUUCUCGAGAGUGAUUUUAUUGAGAAUACGGAAGAACUUCGGGAUAAGAUUCAGAUCUCCUCCUUCUUAAACAAGACAAAGUGCUUAAGUCUCGAAAAAAUUCCCUCAUUAAAAACAGUACAUUAUUAUAAUGAGUACUUAUCCGCUGUUUUAGAAGCAUUCGUACGCUGGCUGUACAAAAUUGAAAAUACGAACAUACUGGCUAUCUUACGAAUUGGACGAAAACUCAUUGAAAUACUUCGAACAGCUUUAAGUAAUUAUCUUCGAACAAGGACCAGUGUACUAGCAAUCUUUGAAAAGUUCUUUGAAAAAUUCUUAAAAGAAUGGGACAAGUUUCAUACAGAUACAGUCCUACGAAAGCCUCUGUUCUUACUGGGAGAUUUUUCCCUCUUAAAUCAUAUAAAGAUGCUUUGCUGUAUUUUCGAAUUGUCAAAUUACGAUGCCUUUCUAAAAGAUGUCGGGGAGUUGGCUCAUAUGAAUGUACCACUAGCGUCACUUUGUGACAUUAUAGUUCUUCGUCAGCGGAUAACGAAUGGUCGUUCGUCUAUAAGCCUAACGGAUUUUGAUUCUUAUGUCGCUUUUGAAUCGUAUAUGAAAGAAGAGCUUGCGUCUUGCGAUGAAGCAGCCCGCCAAAUCUUACAAAACUAUCCCGGAAUUGCAGAAGCACUGGAAAUUCACAAUCACUACUACGAUACUCCCUUUUCUUCGGCAAUAGCGCAAUUGAACGAGUUUACGCUGAGACCAUCAAAGAGUUUUCAGUACUAUAAGUAUGGACUAAACCUGGCUUUCCAGUACAAUUUUAAAGAGAAAGGUACUGUAGCAAAUCCAUCUACUUGGGGACUGGCAAAAAGUUUCAGUACUGUCUGGGACAUCCAUCCGGGUACCGUAUGUAGAGUUUCUUUGGAGCUCGCGAAGGAUCAAUUUAUUAAAAAGAAUAAAGUUCAAAUUUACGAGCUUCGUGACUUGUAUUAUUCGCUUAAAACGAUUGAGCUUGGCACACCUUAUUCAAAAUGGCUUGCCAUAGACAGGGAUAUCAUAAAGGAUCUUAUGCAAUGGUAUCAUAAAACUUGUCUACUUAGCUUAAUUUCGAAACUGUCCGAAUGUCCGCGAACAAAUGCUAUUGUUGCACAACUUAAUGAUGUCUUGAGCAACUUAAUAUUCCCUCAUCCAUUAUUCGACGGAAGUUCCGAAGAAGUUACGGACAUCUACAGGAAUUUUCCAGUUCUUCUCAAUCAAGGUUAUGCUAAAUAUUAUGAAAACCAGGCUAAACAAGAACUGAACGGUGUCUCAACAAAUAUUGUAAUCGGAUUAAAAAACUUAGGUUCUCACCUUUUGACACGAUAUAACACUUUGAAGGAAAUAUUUCCCUUAAAGUUAUUUAAUCAGUUUCCACCAGCUGAGAUAUUUAGCAAAGCAACUUUUGAACUUUAUCUAAAUGAUGUUUGCAAAACUGCCCGACGUCUAAGUAAUAACUCAUAUAAAGAUUUGUCUGACGGUACUAUGAACGAUCUCGUCAACUUGUAUCAUCAGGCACGUGAAUUUACAUCCGCUUUAGGAAAAUACUCCUUCUACUAUCCAGAGUUUUACCAUGUCUUUGGGGUUUCUUUUGUUGAUAGGGGAAUAAUGAUCGUUUUGGAGAAUGCCAAACCGCAUGCUGAACAGGCAAUUUACAAAGACACUUGCCCUCCAAAGGGCUCGAAGUUUAUUCUGGAUUCAUAUAAGACAAUAUUGGCGCCUGUGACUUCAUGCAUGGAUUUGCUUCGGUCUUUCGAUUGGCCAGAUAUUGAAGAGGCUAGAUGCCUGUAUUUUCGGUUCCUUAAACAGUGUAACAAUCUUGGUUUUUUUUAUGUUAGUUCUCUGUACUAUCUGUUUUGUCGAAUUUUGGAUGAACCUUUUUCUGAAAAUUUAAUUUAUGAUGUGAAUCUUCCGAGGAAGGAACUGGACGAAAAAGUUGAGAUUUUGAAGAAACAAGAACAAGGCACUCAAAAGAGGGUACUAUUGGAAGCAUUGCUUUUGGUAAACACAGUUGAUCAUUGUCGGUUGUCGGCUACGACUGUUCGUCAGAAUGUUGAUUAUGAAAUAUUAAGAGAGCGCCCGGAUGCAUUUGAAUCCGCUCACUUGGUUUCUAAUGUCUGUUUAAGUGUUGCAAUGGCAUUUGUCUCAGUCGCUCCUAGUUCAAAUUAUGGAUUUAGUGUCAUACUGAGAGAUGGUGCUAACGAUUUACUUCAAACAGCAUAUGCUCAAGAAACCGUGGUUCCAAAGUGGGACGAGUCUGUGCGUCUUGUGAUCUCUCAAUCAAAAAAUAUCUCAGUAAUUAUUAAGUGCAGGGAUUUGACUACGAAUGAAGAAACUAUUUAUGGCGAGGGUAGCUUUGCACUUGCUGACGAUCCUGCUCUUAGCGAACGUCGCUCUGACAAUUGGGUUACUUUAAGUCUUGGUGGAAGAAUAAAUGUUCGUGAGGCAUUGAGAAAUUCUGGUGUAUAUGAAUUGAUCAGAUACACGAAUGACAAAUCAAGUAUUCAGUAUUCUGCUGAUGAAUUAUCUCUUGACGAAAUAACAGCUAAAAGUGAAGAUGAGAAACAAAAACUUUUACAAAAACUCGAUGAAUCCUUCUACUGGGUAUACGUUAAUCUUUUACCUAAUUCUCUUUACCAAAUGCUUUCAGAUUUUUGGUUUUGUGUACUGCAACUCUUUCGAGUCAUCUUAAUUUCGCCGGAUUAUGAUGAUAAACAACUGCGUGUACCAUUGACAAAGGGCCAGUUGAAGUUAGUAUAUUCAUGGAUUGAUGUGAUUCAUGACUUUCUUAAAACAUUCCAAGAUGUACUUCCAGCACAUUUUCUGGAUAUUGAGGAAUUUGACCGGGUUAUGCAAAUCCACGAUGCGUACUUCGUGUCUAAUGAGGAUAUGAAAAAAAUUUAA